CAAAAACAAACAACAAUUAACAUUAGUAUUCGACGGUUCUUCCUCGAAUUUGUAAAAUUCGUUUAUUUCGAAGAAGCGAAAUUCUUUGGUAUUUCUUGUGAUUUUUACAGGGAAAACAACUUAAAUAAACAGAGUAAUGACUUCAGUAAGUAAUUUACUAUUAGAAGUUUAUUUUUUUAAAGAAAUCGCGUUAAAUAUUGCUGUGUUUUUAAUGAUAAACUUAUACGACCCUGGUUUAGUAUUGCUGUCUUGACCUGCCUAGUUCUUAUAAUAAAUCCACUUUUAUUUUCCCAGCACAACUUUAACUUACGAAUUAGACUAUUUCAGAAGAAAGUAAAAUGGGUUUAUUAGAGAACAAGCAGAUCUGAAGUUAUUGAGGGCAGCUGAUGUUUUUAUAUUCAUUUAGAUUCAACAUGCUUACAUGCUUGAUAUAUAAAAAAACAAGAAAAUUGAAGUACACAUUUGAAUUUUCUCUAUUUACCAGAAAAUACAAGAUUUGUAUGUAUAAUGAAAAUGAUAUUUCCGUACUUUGAUAACUGCCGGCACCCACUAUUCAGAGCCUAUUUUACUGAGAGCGAGCAAAGUAAAUAAUACUGUGAAUAGCAGGGUAUGUAUGACUGGCUUUAUAGAGAAACCCAUAUACUAAUCCAACUUUUUGUCGGUUUUAGCUGUCGAAUAAUGUGGAGAAUUUUUCUCCUCAAAUUAUCAAACGUGUCGCCAAGGAAUUACAAGAGUUAGCCACCAGCCCACCCGAAGGAAUUAAGGUUUUCACGAGCGACGAUGAUAUUACCAAUAUUCAAGCAACGAUCGAAGGACCAGGUCUGGUGUUUUGAAAAAUAUAGUUUGUAGAGUAAAUUGUAUGAUAGAUUUGUAUAAUCUUGAACCAUCUUGAGCCAGUGUAGGUAGAGCGUAAAAAAAAUACCUGUGGUUCCGGUUCCCGACCGACCCUAUUUUUUUUGCCGACCCUAUUAUUUUUUCAACGCGAUUGACCGUGUGACCCUAUUUUCUCCAGGUGGUUGCGGUCUGCUCAUACAGCGUGCCAAAAUGGCGUCUGUUGUCACAUUAAUUAUUGAACCAAAUUGCCUAAAUUUGUCCAUAGGAAAUACGCAUCUCUAGAUUGAUGUCGGGACUCUACUGCAAAUUGCCCAGCAAAAAACCGCCAAAACCAUGAAAAAAAUAUUCAAAAAUUUUUUUUUCCAACCUACCGAC